AUGGCAGACGACACUACUUUCAACUUUUGGAAUGCUAUAAAUACACAACUAGUUAUGCAUCCUCACGGUGAUUUUAAUCGCGACAAGGCAGGGUGGUGGGAUAAGCCAGAAGGGAAAGAAGCAGCAUUAGCAGCAGACAAAUUGUUUCACGAAAAGUACAAGUCGAAUCCCUCAGUGCAGGCCAUAUGGAAGCAGUUCGAAAUGGGGUUAAAAGAGAAGAAUCAAACAGAAGGAAAUGCAUCAUGCAUAUUGACUACAGUUGAUGGAUGGAGUGUUAGCGACUUGUAUUAUAUACCAUCGACAGGACUGAGUUAUCAUGCGGGUUUAAUGGAAAUUUUCUUCGAGGCAGGAUUAUUCCAUGAAAUUGCCAUCGCAAAAUACUUGCACUCAGUCCCGUAUCUAAGAUUUGAAACAAGUCGCUACGAUUACUUGUAUGGCAAAGGUGGACGCAAUGCAUGGCACAAAAACUACAAUGAUAAUCUCAUCAUGAUGCAUCCUAUAAAGUUGAGCUUGUUACACAAUUUCAAAGAACGCAAACUAUUCUGUGAUACGGUUGUAGCGGCAUUUUUUCGGAAUUUAAUGGAUAUUUCGUAUUUUGAAGCAAGAAGAGAAAAUAGAAUAUAA